UCAAAUAGCAAGCGCGUGAGAUGCACAGGUUUUCCAAUUAUGGGAGGAGCAUUUUAGGCAAUGUUGACAAUAGGAGCCAUGCAGUCUCAAAUGUUACCCUAAAUUGACCUUUGCGGAGUAUAGAUUGUCACGGGCAUUGUCCCUCUUCAGUGAAUCUCCCCGAAAGUUUAAAAGGGUUUGUAACCAAGACGUCAAAAGAAAAAGUGCUGCAUUGACGUAGAUAUUUGUACAGUUUCGCUCAGAGGAGUCUAAUGCUGAUUCAAGAAUCUCCAAUGAUUGAGGUAUCGAUCCCGUCGCUGGAGAAAGAUGUUGACGAGUCAGGAAAGUUGAGAAAGCUCUUCAGAGUUGAGAUCUUGUUCAAUGAAAGGAAACACUUUGUGCUCAGAAGAUACAGUGAGUUUCAGAACCUGCACAGAAAGCUGAAGAAGAUUGUGCAACCCCCAGACUUUCCCAGCAAAAGGAGCUCUCAUCUGAGAACCAAGCCCCUUGAGCAGAGGCGGCAGGAACUGGAGGAUUACAUUCAGGAUAUCAUCUACCAAUAUGAAAAGGUUCCCCAGGUGCUGCUGGACUUCCUGCAUGUGAAACAUUUCCACUCUGGGAACAAAACUUACAGCCUUGAGUCAUUCAAUGAUAGUGAUCCUCAAGGUGAAGGAUAUAGUUGUCAGCUUCAACACCAACGUGUGGUGGGAUUCUGUCAGGACCCCUAUCUCCUGGACCCCCCCUCAGAUCUGCCAGACAUUGUGAUGGACGGCGUCCUCCAGGGCUUUUACCCCCAAGACACCCGUGUCACCUUCACCCCCUGCACCAAACCCAGCCUGCCAGAAAAACCCCACCUGGCUCCACCACCAGCCUGUACCUUCAAAGCCCCAGCUAUUCCCACCAUCAUUAUAGAUAGGGUCUGCACAGCCACACCAACACAGGCAUAGAGUUGAGCCAAUUGAGCUGAAGCCAGUUAGUCUUGAAAUACAGAUUCUACAUUGGAUUUCAUUCUUGACUCGACUUUAGUUACUAGCUUAAGUAAUUUGAUGAAUGUCCUUAGCCUGAAUCAGAGUUUCUGUCACUUCAGUUUGUUUUAGUGAUUGACUUUAAGAUGGACUAAGCAACACUGCAGUGGUUCUGACAACAUUCAAAUCUGUAAAAUUAACACAUCACUUUGAUGCAGAAUGAAAUUAUAGGUCUCCCUACAAUGUAAAAUUGAUCCCACAGUACAAAUACUUAAAUUACAUGCAACUAACUGAAUUCCAGGUACACCAUUUAUUGCAGUCACUUGCCAGAUCCCAGAGGCUAGAUAAUUGAUAAUCAGCUGACAAUUGAAUGCAAAUCUGCAUAGGUUAAUUAAAUGUAGUAACCAUGGUUUGUCUGCUUCAAAUGCCACCGUAUCACAGUCACAUUGACAAUGUUCCAAUUAAACAGUUUGGAUGAACUAGGUUGAAAAUGUACAUCUUUAAUUGUUACAGUAGUGUCAGGAAAAAAUUACAACAAAGCCAUAUCAUGAUUAAAGGUUGACCAUGU